GCUUAGCGAAGGGUCAGGAAACGUUGCUUGCAAUGUUUUCAAACUUUUAAGGGGUCUAUACGAGUCAGUACAAGGCUGUGGCGUAAAUCUGUUGUAGAAAAUGGAGAAAGUCCUUUUGAAAAGCAAACUUGAACUCAUCAAUUGGCUUAGAUUGGAUCCGACUUGUAUUUUGCAACAUGUUCAAGCUAAAGAACUUAUAACACAACCGGAGUACGAGGAACUGAAGUCUAUGACAGUUCCCAGAAAUAUGGUUAUUAAACUUUUGGACAUAAUCCUUGGAAAGGGCGAAAAUGUGUGUCGAGAUUUUCUGAUUUUGCUGAAAGAUGAUAAAGUGAAUGAAAUUUCUCCUGAACUCAGCAAAUGGAUCAAAACCGUGGACACUUCAGGUUCUACUUUGUUUCUCCCACCCUCUGAAACAACACAAACCUCAGCAACAAGAUCUGUGAUUUUAAAAUAUAAGGAGCUGAUCCGCAGCGAGUAUCAGUGUGUGACCGAGUAUAACUCACUGCCUGGUGAACAAGUGCUGCUGUCUGAGCGCUACACACAACCUCUGAUCCUUCAGAGACAUAGAGGUCAAAAAGAGAGGGAAGAAGAGAUCAGAUCCAGAGGAGAAAGCUUCCAGCAGGUCCUCAGCGCCCGGAGCAGUGAUGACUCUGUCCAUCUGAACUCUCUGUUCGACCCACAUGGACACGGGAUCCGUCCCAGUGCUGUUAUACUGCAGGGGAAUUCUGGGAACGGGAAAUCUUUCACUGUGCAGAAGAUCAUGAUGGACUGGGCAUCUGGUGACCUCUACAAAGAGCGGUUUGAUGUUGUGUUUCACUUGAAGUGUAAAGAAAUAAACCGCAUUCAUGGCAUAAAGAGUUUGGUGGAGAUCUUGAGCUGCAGCUGUAGUUUAACAUCAGAUCAGAUCUCACAGGUACUACAGCAUUCACCAGAGAAGAUGCUCUUCAUCAUCGAUGGAUUUGAUGAGCUGAGACUCACUCAGGACAUUAAUGACAUGUCACCACACACUGAUCUGCUUCAGAAAGCCCCAGCUGAGGUCAUUCUUUGUGACCUGCUGAGGGGUCGAAUCCUGCCAGAGUCCUUCCUUCUGGUCACCUCCAGAUCUACAGCCACAGAUACACUGAGUGACCUUCUCAAAGGACCUCAGUGUUUCUCUGAGAUCAUGGGAUUUUCAGAAAAGGGGGUAGAGGAGUACUUCCAGAAGUUUUUUCAAAAUGAGGAACUUUUCAGGAAGGCUUACACACUUGUGAAGACGAAUGAAACUCUCAUCACCGCCUGUUCCAUCCCUGUCGUCUGCUGGAUCAUCUGCACAACUAUCAGGGAACGACUCAAAACUGGUGCAGAUGUAACAAGUGGACUGGAAACCACCACCUCCAUCUACGUUGACUUUGUGUGCACGCUCUUGAAGCAUCACUUCCAGGGUUUGAGUCAGUCCAUCCCGACCCUGCUGAGGAGUCUGGGUCAGCUGGCAGAGAGAGGGAUGCUGGAACAGCAAGUCCUGUUGGAUGAGAAAACUGUUAAAGAAACGGUUUCAGACCCUGCUGGCAGUCCGUUCCUGUGCAAGUUCCUGUUUAAGAGAAGAAUCCACCAGGAGACGAUGUUCAGUUUCAUGCAUCUCAGCUUUCAGGAGUUCUUCACUGCUCUGUACUAUGUCCUUUUGGAUGAAGAAGAGUCUCAGAAAAAAUUUACAAAGCUAUUUUCCAUUGAUGAAAAGUCAAGAGAUUAUUAUAGUCGUCGUUCACGUUUUUCAGCUGUGGUGCAGUUUGCAUUUGGUCUGCUGAAUAAGGAUGUGAGACGCACACUUGAGGAACAUGGUCUCGUUGUUCAUUCAAACACACAGACUCGUCUGAAAGAAUGGAUUCUGAAAAUGGUUAAAAAAAUUCACAGAUAUUCAGAUCAACCACUUUUGUACCUUCACUGUCUCUAUGAACUUCAUGAAGAGGACUUUGUGAAAAAAGCUAUGAAAACCUGGAAAAGAAUUGAUGCAUGUGGUGCAGUCCUAAGCAGAACAGACUGCUGGGUCCUGCUGUACUGCUCUCAGUGCUGUCAGUGCAUAGAAGAACUGGAUCUUGUUGGGUGCACAUUAUCACCUGAAGAUUUCCAUAUGAUUCUGCCUGUUUAUCACAAGUUUAAGAAAAUAAAGUUGAAUGUACCAGUUUCAUCAGACUCUGAUCGUGAUCUUGAUGAACUGAUAAACGCUCUCAGAGGACAGACCCUGAGAUCACAGUGCAUUGAUGUCCGCUUCAUAUUUACAAAACUUGAGAAUUGUGAUCUUUAUUUGUCAAUCAAUGAAGAGCUUUUCAGUAUCAUGAUAAUAAAUGCACCUUCUUUGGAGUGGCUCGCUCUCACAUUUCAAUGCCCAGAGCCAAUCAACAUUGAGUGGGCCAAACUUAUACAGAUAAUUCACCAAGAAGAUUCAGAUGCAUUAAUGUCAGUUCUCUGUUCUUUCUCUGAACUGAGAAAGAUGGAAAUGAGACUAGACUGUCUAAGUAAGAUGUGGACUGUUUGGAUCCUCCAAAUCAUCCAGAACUGCUCCAGUCUAACAGAACUCGAGUUGAACGUAGAAGUUUCAUCAGACUCUGAUCUUGAUGAACUGAUAAACGCUCUCAGAAGAGGACAGAACCUGAGAUCACAGAGCAUUGUUGUCUUCUUCACAUUUACAAAAUUUAAGGAUUGUGAUCUUCAUUUGUCAAACAAUGAAGAGCUUUUCAGUGUCAACAUAAAAAUUUCAGCAUCUUUGUGGUCACUCACUCUCACCUUUCAGCGCCCGGAGCCAAUCAACAUUAAGUGGGCCAAACUUAUACAGAUAAUUCACCAAGAAGAUUCAGACGCAUUAAUGUCAGUUCUCUGUUCUUUCUCUGAACUGAAAAAGAUGGAAAUGAGACUAAACUGUCUAAGUGAGAUGUGGACUCAUUGGAUCCUCCAAAUCAUCCAGAACUGCUCCAGUCUAACAGAACUCGAGGUAUAUGCUUACCCUUUACUGGAGGAAGGAAUCCAGAUCUUGCAGAGGUCACGCACAAGACCAGCCUGUAGUGUGACAUUUCAGGGGUUCAUAUGCAAUAAUCAGUCUCAAAAAUGCACACACUUUAUGGACCGUGAUCUUAACUGCAACCAGGAGGUGAAGAUUCAUCUGAGUUCCUCUGGCUUUUCUAUGGAGACUUUGUGAAAGCCCUUGAUUUGGGACUAAUGGUCCAGCUUGAUAACUAGGAGAAAACUGCCAAAGCAGCAUCUUUACCUGGAGCUGAGGAUGGAAAUAAAGACAUCAACCAAGAAUAUCUAAAAUCAUUUAGGUGUGUUGUAAUAGUAAUGGUCAUCUAUCAAUUUAUUUGUAUAUUGUGUGUCACAAUACAUAUUGUUUCAAAGCAUCUUUACAGAGUUUUAUAUUGAUGCUUAAUUGCAUGUAACAGUUUAGAGCUGAAUGAUUGUAGUUUAUAUGUGAAGACAAUAUAAUCUACCAAACAUCUGAGAUUUGCUUUAUAGUGUGAUCAUGUGAGAGUAUUGUAUGUAUGCAUAUAUGCUGAAAAAAAUUGUAUAUAAUAUACAUUCAAAAAAAUAUUUCACCCCAAAAGUUAAAACUUAUGUAAUUCAAUGGCAUAUAAAAUUUCCAUCCAUUUUAAUCACAUAAAUCCAACGUAAAAAAAGUUAACUUUUACUUAAACUUCCCCAUCAUGUUCAGUUGACUUGAAUGAAUUAAAUAAAGGUUAUGUUAACUGAAAAAAACUGCAAUUUAAGCUUGUGUAAUACAUACAAUUUACUGUUUUAAUAUAAUGCAUUGUUACUUGCUUUAUAUAACUCCCUAAUAUUAAUGUAUUUAUAUUAAAUAAAUGGUCAAACACAUGUUACAUUCAUAAAAAUGUAUUGUCUUAAUUGCUGCAGGAAUAAUAAGAAACAUCCAAUCUGACAAAAAAUAGAACAUAAUGCAGUAUUUCACAAGUUAAGACAACUGUUUACAGCAGUUUUGUGCCCUCUCCCAAACUAACGCAAUGGCUAUGGCUCCUUGUUUGACUUUUUAGUUUUAAGUCUGUGUGCCAAAAAGUUCAUAGAUCAACAAGGAACCAAAUUUCAACAUCAAGCAUUAUUUUCACAUAUUUAAGGUAAUGUAAGGCGUGGGGUUUAACUGUUCAUGGGUUGAUUUCAAUAAAGACGAUGGACUUGAAAUAUUAACGGCUAAUAACUUUUAUUGAGCAGAGUGUUAGAACUGGGAAAAAACAACACCUCACUUCGUUCCCGAACACUCUCCACUCUAGCUCCUCCCCUUCCCAUUACAUCCUCCUCCUCGAGGACUCAACAUCAAAAUAAAAGUCCUUGAUAGAAAAUAAUGUAAAACAAAAAAACAGAUAGAAUACAAUGAACGUUAAACAAGCAACCUCACAUUAGUUACCCCAUGUGAAAAGAAACGUCCACGUUUUCAACAUACAGAAAAUAACAAUGUCAUGAAUAAACCAGACAAAGCAAUGUGCAGAUUGUUGUUGCAACACAACCACGAUUUUCAAUUAACAAUAUGGUCUGAGACAUUUAAGGACCUCAAAAAUAAAAUAAAAAAAUAAAGCAAAGAUAUUCUUUCUUUUUUCUUUUUUUUUUUUUACUUCACAACAUAGUCUUUGAAUCUUGCAGGCAAUCUGACAGGCCUGCGACCUAAUGGUCUAGAGUCUAGAACAGCAUGUGGAGCCAUAGAGGUAAGACGGUCCACUUUUGAGCUUGCAGUGUCACCAGACUGUGGGACAUUAAACCAGUGGUUCUCAACUCCAGUCCUCAGGAGCCACUGCUCUGCACACUUUGUAUGUCUCUCUUAUCUGACACACUCAAAUACAAAAUGUGCAGACCAGUGGGUCCCGAGGACUGGAGUUGAGAAACACUGCAUUAAACUGUCCAGUGUUUUGAGUUAAGUUCAGUGGGGGCUGUCCCAAAAGCAAAGACCUAGCCGAACUCUGAUUGGGGACUCCUCCAGUAAAAACGACAGAAGGCAAGUUCUCUUGGGCAGCAAGUGUAUUAGAAUUAGAAGUACUAGAGGGUA